AUGAGGGAAUGUCUUAUCAAAAUAUUUCACAGUGGCGAUACUUCAGCCCACUAUCAGAGUAGAAGACAUCCAUCAGUGGCUAGCAGAUUGACCUCAGGGUCAGGAGAAGACAAGUAUAAAAAUGGCCGCCCUUUGAAGGAGGAGCAGUCCGCUCUUGACACCACAGCAAGUCCCGUCCAGCUUGGGAAACAAGAUUUUCUCCUCCUCACAGAUACUCAACAUGAAGGCUGUUGUCCUCCUGAUGUUGUGCGCCAUCGUGGCUAUGAGCUCCGCCACCUUCUUCUACAACCCUCUCUUGUACAAGUUCGGCGGUCUUGGCCUGGGAUUCGGCGGCCUUGGAUUUGGUGGAUUGGGAUAUGGUUUGGGUUACGGCGGUCUAGGAUAUGGUUUGGGAUAUGGUGGUCUUGGACUCGGCUUUGGCAAAUUUGGCUUACUAGGCGGAGGUCUCUACGGCUUGAAGGGGGGCCUGUACUACUAAACUGCGAAAUCGUCCACAUGUCCAAAGUUUUGCGUCGUUCAUCCAGAUAUUGCUGCCUUAUCGUUUCUUCAUUUUCACAAUGAAAAAUAACAUAUUUUACACACAUUUGUAAGAAAAAUAAAGCAGAGUAUAACAGUAA